AUGGGCACUUCUAUUCCAACUUUGGCGCUUCUUAUAUUUUUGCUCAUCGUUGUGGGCAAUUCAAACUCAACCAUCAUUUGCCAUGAGAAAAAAAGAACAACCCUUCUCAACUUCAGAAAUGGCCUCACUAAUCUGUCGUCAAGCUGGCUCUCAUCUUGGUCAGUCCAAGAAAAUUCUUGUCAAUGGAUAGGAGUCCACUAUGAUAAUGUCACGGGUCGAGUCAUUAAGCUCGACCUCUUUGGUAUGCAACUGCAAGGCGAGAUUAAUCAACUAGGAAAUCUCUCAAGGCUACUUCAUCUUGAUUUAGGAAUCAAUAAUGGACUAUUUGUGGGUGAUCUAAGUUGGAUUUCUGGUCUUCAUUCUUUGAAGUAUCUUGACAUGAGUGGAGUAGAUCUUAGCAAGAUAGUCAAUUGGCUUCACGAAAUGAAUAAGCUUCCUUCUCUUUCAGAACUGCUCUUGUCCUCUUGUGGACUUGAAAGUGUGUACCCAUCCCUCAGUUAUGUCAAUUUCACAUCUCUUACUGUCCUUGAUCUUUCUAGUAACCUUUUCAAGCGUGAAGUACCUAAUUGGUUGGACAAUCUCAGUACUAGCCUCAUAUAUCUCCAACUUAGGGGAAAUGCUUUACAAGGUCAAAUACCAGUAGCCUUGUCGAAUAUUCACGACUUGAGGUAUCUGAAUUUUUAUGGCAAUCAACUUAAUGGUCCUAUUCCUGCAUCUAUCGGGAGGCAAUUAGAGUACAAGCGCAAUCUUAAACUUGUGAGGAGCAUAGAUCUUUCAAGCAAUAACUUAUUUGGAUCCAUUCCUGUUGAGUUAUUUGGUCUUUUUGAAUUGCGUUUUUUAAAUAUGUCUCAUAAUCGCUUGGUUGGAGAGAUACCAGAGAAUAUUGGCAGCAUGACAACAUUGGAAUGUCUGGAUCUCUCGAAAAACGAUCUAUCUGGCAAAAUUCCAGAAAGCAUGUCGAAUAUGGCAUUUCUUGAUUAUUUAAACUUGUCAUACAAUUACUUGUCAGGAAGUAUACCUUCAGGCACCCAACUUCAGAGCCUUGGCGAAGACACCUUCAUUGGGAAUGCUGAACUUUGUGGUGCACCUCUCCUGAUAAAUAGCACCAAAGAUGAGGAAUCUCAUGGUUCAACACCUGUUCACAAAAAUGGAGAUGAGUCUGAGAUGUUUUGGUUCUAUAUUGGCAUGGGUAUGGGAUUUGUCAUUAGUUUUUGGGGAGUUUGUGUUGUUAUUUUCUUCAAAAGUACUUGGAGGAAUGCUUAUUUCAAAUUCCUUGAUGAAUUGAAGGACCGGAUCUAUGUGGCAGCUGCUAAAGGUGAAAUGGUUCCGCAAGAAAUUCAAUAA